UUAAUUCCUGACUGUAUUGAUGCUAUACAUGUAUAUUUAAUGUGCAAAAAUUCUUAUUGUUUCAUUUAUUCCAGACAACAAGGAAAGCUGUGGCUAUAUAGAUAUAUGUAAAUAAAGAGAACAGUCCACGACCUAUAUAUAGCAGCACACGGGGAAGUCAACAGGAAUUUCUGCAGCAGGUCCUAUAAUUACGCAAAGCUCAAGUCUGAAUCAAUAUUAAACACAAAAAAUCAAUCACCAUGCAUGGGUGAAAGAUUCAGUUUCCAGAGCCAGUUCAAUGGCUAUACGGGGGCUUUUUCAGUGUCAUAGUCUGCUGUGAUAGGCAGGACAUAUAUUCUCAGGAAACAGGAGACUGUAACAGUACUCGAAAACAGUUGAACCUGACAGGAGCUAGCUGUACUUAUGCUGUAAUACUAUGUGAGCAUAUACUGUUGCCGGGGUGUAAGAAUUACCCAGGGUACUAGCAGCAGGGAGGAUUGAAGAAUGUGUCAACAAGGCCGGCCGGCUUGCACUUCAUCAUACACUGUUACACGUGAACAAUUCAUGCAUGCCAGUUUACUUGUUUGCAUUUCAAUACAUGCGUGACUGGCAUUUCAUCACAAUGAAUGGAAAAAAAUGAUAAUUCUACUACCAAUGGCAAAGUCGAGGACCCUAGAGGUGUUAAGCAGUGUAGUUGUCGUCAAUAGUGCACAACGACAAUGUUAAUCAAGGAAAAUACAGGUACAAGGCUGAAAUAACAUUCUAAUUCCGAAAGUUUUCUGUUUGCUAUGAGUCAAGCCAGAAGAUAGAGAUAGUGAAUGCAUUCAGUGGCUGUUUGUGUUAAUGCACCUGCUUCAUGGAAUAAAGCAAUUGACUCUUGAAGUGACAUCCAGCAGGUGCUUGCUUCAUCUGUCUGGUCUUGUGUUGUGUGACCACAUUCGGGUCAAGGGCAGUAGACCAGAGAAUACAAACUGGAACUUGCUAUAAACAGGUGCCCAUUAAUUCUGUCCUGUCUUGUCCUGUUGUCCUGACUCACCACGGUAGGGUCACUGUAAGUGGCCUGCAGAUUAAGAGCACGUGUCUGCUGACCUUCCGUGUGGAAUGACCACUGUUGGGUCAAAGGUGGUGGUAGAGUUAACGAGAUAAGGUGGAUGCGCUAAGGAGAGGACUAGUAACUGGUGAAUCACCUGAGAACUGUUGUCUUGGUCAGUCUGCUGAUUUAAAAAGUACAUGACCAUGGCGCGUAGACUCAUAAGCGAUGUCACAUCAGCGCGAACUCACUCACAUUCCUUAACGCUGAAGAGUGAGAUGAAAACGACAGAGGUGAUUAUAAUAGGAAAUGGACCAUCUGGUAUCACGCUGUCCUACAUGUUGUCUGGACAUUGGCCUUACUACAAUGGUCAACCACUGCCCCCAGGUCAGUCCAGUGAAUACUUACAAAUGAGAUUAGAGGAUAAGAGAGAUGCGUCCUUAGUUGAACAGGAACUUGAGAGCCUGUCUGAUGGGAUUGAAGGACGGAGUACUAACCCAGUAGCUGUGUUACUGGACAGUCUGAACCACCCAGGGGCUGAUACGGGACUCAACAAUACCUCUGUGCUCAAAUGGCAGCUGCAUAAAAAUAGACACAUCCCACAUGUGGUACUGGGGAAGACACUGCCUGGAGGGGCGUGGCAGAUGAUGGAGGGGAACAUGCAGACCCUGAGUUUGGGCAACUGGAUGGAGCUACCUGGGAAACCUUUCAGAGAAUGGCUCAAGAAACACAGGGCAGCAAAGACAAAUGAGGAGAAUGGCAUCAGUGACUACCCUACUGACCGUGCCAGUAUGACAGACCUCAGAGACUACUACCAGGACUACGUCCACUCUAAUGGCCUGACUGACCACUUCCAAAGCCAUUCCACGGUCACCUCGGUCAGGAAAGUGGUGGACACAGAGACAGUGGUCAACAUGGAGAACGGAGAGGUGGAGGAGCUGAUGACCACUGAUGCCGAGGGCAACAAGGCCCCUCUGUGGGAGGUACGGGGUUUCCACUUCAAGGAGGAAGACGAUAAUGAGAAUGUCGAGAUUGAAGAAUUCUGUUACAGAGCACCUCACGUUGUCUUGGCGACAGGAUCAUAUGAUCUCCCUAACAGACUGCAUGUGGAGGGAGAGCAGUACCCUUUUGUUCUACACUCCCUCCCAGAGUUGGAGGAGAGACUUAACGCGGGCGACAUUGGACCAGAUUCCGACCCUGUGAUGAUAGUCGGUUCUGGUCUGACUGCAGCGGAUGCCAUUUUGUGCUGCAUGAAUGCAUCCAUACCAAUCGUGCACGUGUUCAGGCGGCAGCCAGACGAUCCAUCUGUGAUAUACAACUCGCUCCCACCAAAACUUUACCCAGAGUACCACAAAAUACUACAAAUGAUGAAGGGCGAGAAGAAAGACUACGAGUGCUACAAGCCAUACGCAGAGUACUCCAUUCUUCAGUUUGGUGUGGACAACCAAGUCCUCAUCAAGGGCACGAAGCACAAGUGCACCCCGAUGAUCAAAGUGUCCUACGCGGUUGUUCUGAUUGGCUCGAAGCCAGACCUGACCUACCUCCCCAACAGCGGCCGAGAUCUAGGCGUGGUGCCAAACUGUUGUAUCGACUGUAAGCACAACCCCCUGGAUCUGGAUCCGUACACUUUCCAGAGUAACUGUGAAACGGGGUUGUUUGCAAUGGGGCCCCUCAGCGGGGACAACUUUGUGAGGUUCAUCCAGGGGGGCGCUUUAGGCAUCACAAACUUCUUGUGGAAGAAGAGGACAGAGUCCUUAUAAAUCUUUAACUGUGAUCUAAUGUUAAAAGUGUCAUACUUUUUGAUGGAGAAAUUGAUUUAUAUACUGUAUACACCAUGUGUUCUAUUGGCAUAAUAUGUAUAGUUUUCAAGCGUAGAAUUUUUGCUGUGCAUAUUUUUCUACAGCUUUUUGUAGGAAACGGGUUUUUCAUUGAUAUAUGGGCUACACGUAUGUGUCCCAGCAUUUCUGUGUACAUUUAUGACAACAAAAUUCAUGGAAGAGUAGAUAAAGGUUAUGUUUUUUAUGGAAGUCAAGUAUGUAUAUUAUCAUAAAACAAAAUUAAAAGGAUUUUUGAACAUUUGCCAUUUUUGUUUAAUACACAGAAAAAAGUAAAUUGUCAAACUUAUCAUGUUUCACUAAGGUCGAAUUUUAGAUUUUGUGUCACAUCGUCUUGCAGCCAUAUUGUUUGAUUGUUGUCAGUAAACCAAUUUUUAAUUCUUUUGGAGUGAACCAUUUCAUAGUUUGAAAGAAUAAUUUUAUUUAAUGUUCCUUUUGAAGUGCAUUUAGUCUGGGAAACACCCACUGUCAUUCCACUAGAGGGCGCUUUGCACUCAACACGACCUUAAAUUUCAUGUAGAAAGUAUCUUGGUUGACAUUUUUUUUUACUUGUAUACAGCAAUAGAUUGAUAAAUCUGUACUAAUUUGUGUGAAAAAAACGUGUCUUUUGAGCCAGCUGUUCGUCAUGGUAUGAAAUAGUUUAAGUGCAGACACGCUUCCUUUUUUUUCAAAUUUGAGGAAAUGCACAUAAUGUGACACAAUAUUCCACAGACUCGACUGAAAACAAACUUUUUGUAAGUGCUCUAUUUUUAAAAGAAAUGCACAGAAUAAAAAGGGCAUUUUAUCAGUAUUUCAUUAUGAAAUUUCGAUUUUAAUCUUAUUAACACCGUGUGACUAAAUAGAUUUUUAAUCCGUGUUACUGCUUAAAGUACGUUAAGUAUUCUUAAAGAAAUGCACGACAUCACUACCUGUACUUUUGUUUCACACGUCCAUCUGAAUCAGGUAAUUCUGAUUGAGUUUUAAACAGAUCAAAGCUUUCAGACAGAUUUUGGAUGUAAUUUAUUUCAUUCUGUGUCAUGUCAUUCCAAAGAUUCAUCAUUUUCAAAAGGGACCGCAUGUAGAAUUCUGUCAUGCAAAAAUAUUUUGCAGUUGCCGUCGAAAUAUUUAGAGUACCUACCAGCCAUCACGCUUACCUUGGAGUUCUACACCUAAGAAUACCUUUAAAUAAAUGUUUUCGAAACACUGGAAACUA